AUGGAGGAAAAUCAAGCGAAAUUUAAGUGGCAGAGAGGUAGAACAUUGGGGAAAGGAAGCUAUGGUUUUGUUUCAUUGGCUUCUACUGAUACCCCUUCUCCUAUGAUACCAUCUCUCAUUGCCGUUAAAUCUUGUAUGUUGAACCGCUCUCAGUCUCUUCGAAAUGAAAGGGAAUUCUUAGGAAUGUUUGAGGAUUGUCCUCAAAUUAUUCGAUGUUUUGGAUUUAAUGUCACCUAUGAAGAUGACUUAUAUCUUUACAAUUUGCUGCUCGAAUUUGCCUCAGCUGGAAGCCUAGCUGAUCGUAUUAAUGAACGAGGAUUGCCUGAGUUUCAAGUCCAAAAGCACACAAAGAAUAUUCUUUUAGGGCUCAGUUUGAUUCACAAAAAAGGGAUCAUUCAUUGUGACAUAAAGCCCCAAAAUAUUCUCCUUACUACUGAUGGUGCUGAUGGUAUGGCCGAGGUGGCAAAGAUAGCUGAUUUCGGACUUUCCAUAAAUUUGGAGCAGAACAAGAAAGAGAACAUGGGGUACAGAGGAACUAAAAGGUAUAUGGCACCUGAAGCUCUAAUUAAGGAGAAGUACUACCCAGGAGUUGAUAUUUGGUCACUUGGAUGCACUGUUUACGAGAUGAUCACUGGGAAACCCCUAUGGGAAUCAUCCAAUUCAGAUCAGAUGUUGGACCGAAUUAAGUAUAAGGAGCCAAAUAUUGAGAAUCCCAAACUGUCUACUAAGGCAAAAGAUUUCCUGAAUAAUUGUCUUGUCAGGAAUCCAAGUGCGCGUUGGAGUGCAGACAUGCUCUUGAAUCACUCGUUUCUAAAAUCAGUUGAUAAUGUCCAGCCUCCAGAUAUGAAGAAGAGGCUUUGUGAUGGCAUGUCCUUGUUACGCAAGAAACGCACAAAGACAGCAUUCAGGACACAGCCACACAUUCGUGAUUUGGUUAUACAACUUGAUUCAGAUUCUAAAGACGGAAACUCGUGCCUAAAUUAA